AUGUCCCCGAAGUACGGCUUCAGCAUCGACCAGCUCAUGGAGCUCGCGGGCCUGUCCGUCGCGAGCGCGAUUCGCGAGACGUACCCGCCCGAGACCCACCCGCGCGUCCUCGUGAUCGCCGGCCCGGGCAACAACGGCGGCGACGGCCUCGUCGCGGCGAGGCACCUGACGCACUUCGGGUACGACGUCUCCGUCUGUUACCCCAAGAGGUCGCCGGGGAAGGCGUUGUACGAAGGCCUCGUCACGCAGUGCGAGACCCUCGGGGUGACGUUCGUGAGCGCGGACGCGUUAGUUGGCGGCGGCGCGGCGCCGCCGCCGCCGCUGAGAGAGACGCACGACGUCGCGGUCGACGCGAUGUUCGGUUUCAGCUUCGCCGGCGCGCCUCGCGCGCCGUUCGACGCGCUCCUCGCGCUGCUGCACCAGCGCGCGUCGCCGCCGCCGAUCGUCGCGGUGGACAUCCCGUCCGGGUGGGACGUCGACGACGGCGACGUAUUCGGCGACGGGAUGCGGCCGGAGACGUUGGUCUCGCUGACGGCGCCGAAGAUUGGCGCGACGGCGUUCGCGGGCGCGCAUCAUUUUCUCGGCGGGCGGUUCGUGCCGCCGCGGAUGAAGGAGGAGUUCGGGUUGCGCGCGCCGGAGUACGAGGGCGCGAAGCAGUGCGUGAGGAUAGCGUAG